CUAAGGGGAGGUGGAGUCCGCUGCGGGUUUCACGCCAGGGGAUCAGACCUUUUGCUGCAAUGUUAAGGAGCUGAAACGACCAAUUUCUCGGCUCGGGUAAAUGACAGUAAACGUCAGUGAUGGAGUUGAGCAAAUACCUGACCCUAUGGAUUGUAUGCUUGUGUCUCCUCGGGGAGAGUUUGACAGAAAAAGCGAGCCCUGCCACGUCAGAUCAUCAUCAUCAUCAUAUUGACAGCGGGGUGCCAGAAUUCUGUCGCAUCGAUGAGCCCCUAUGCCAGGAUGAGAAUGCCUGGCUCAGCUUCGAGGCCAUCCGUAGUAUCCACAAGCAGAUGGAUGAUGAUAAAAAUGGAAACGUCGACGUGGCCGAGACAGACGGGUUCCUAAGAGAGGAUCUGAACUACCAUGAUCCCAAGGCCAAGCACAACAGCUUCCAUGGUGAUGACCAGUUCAUCAGUGUGGAGGACUUGUGGAACGCAUGGAAGGGCUCUGAAGUGUAUAACUGGACAGUUGAUGAGGUGGUUGAAUGGCUCAUCACUUACGUGGAGCUGCCACAGUAUGUGGAUGCCUUUCGUAAGAUGCAUUUCAAUGGCAGUGCCAUGCCAAGACUAGCGGUGAAGAAUGCCACACUGACAGUAUCAAUUCUGAAGAUGCUGGAUCGCAGCCACGUCCAAAAGUUACAGCUCAAAUCCUUGGACACCGUUCUGUUUGGAGCCCCAUUGAUGAAUAGACAUAACCAUUUGAAGGACUUCAUGCUGGUGGUCUCCAUAGUCAUCGGUAUGGGUGGCUGCUGGUUUGCCUACAUCCAGAACCGCUACUCCAAGGACCACAUGAAAAAGAUGAUGAAAGACCUGGAGGGCCUGCAAAGAGCUGAGCAGAGUCUACAUGAUCUACAACAAAAGCUACAGAUUGCCCAGGAGGAGCACCGCACAGUGGAGGUGGAGAAGGUGAACCUGGAGCAGAAGCUGAGAGAUGAGAUCAACUCUGCCAAGCAGGAGGCCCAGCGACUCAAAGAGCUGCGCGAGGGCACAGAAAAUGAGCUGAGUCGGCAAAAGUAUGCUGAGGAAGAACUCGAGCAGGUGCGCAUGGCUCUGAAGAAGGCAGAGAAGGAGUUGGAGUCAAGGAGCAGCUGGUCGCCCCCUGAAUCACUCCAGAAGUGGCUUCAGCUCACCCAUGAGGUGGAGGUGCAGUACUACAACAUCAAGAAGCAAAAUGCUGAGAGGCAACUGCUCGUGGCCAAAGAAGGGGCUGAGAAGAUAAAGAAGAAACGAAACACCCUCUUUGGGACUUUCCAUGUGGCACACAGCUCCUCCCUGGAUGAUGUGGACCAUAAAAUCCUGGCAGCAAAACAAGCCCUGGGUGAGGUGACAGCAGCCCUAAGGGAGAGGCUGCAUCGCUGGCAGCAGAUAGAGAUCCUCACAGGUUUCACCAUCGUCCACAAUCCCGGGCUGCCUUCACUGGCCUCAGCCUUGAACCUUGACCCAGGCUUUAUGGGCGGCAGAGCAACACCUCAGCACUUCAUCAUGUCUGACGACCUUGACGAUAUGGACGAGGACAUCUUGCCGCCCGUAGCUGUGCAAUCUCCCAGUAUGAUGUCCCUGCGCCAACGCCACAUUGACCCUCACCUGGCCAUGGGCUCCCAGAGGGACCUAAAUCGCUCUGACUCCGACUCCUCCUUGUCCCUAUCUCAAGUUGGUGAUCGGCUUUCUGCCUACAGCUCCAGAGGCCAUCUGGUAAAACCCAUCUCUCUUAUGCACGGCCAAGCUACCCGUGGUGAUGAAGCAGGCUCGCUGCAUGCCCACACACCCAAUGGGGGCAAUCGCAUCCACGAGGGGGGAAGUCAGCCAGAGCCGGUCCCAGACAGCCCCAUUCUCAUGAAGAAGGUGUAUGGCAUCGAAAAGUCAACUAGCCUGGGAGAAAUCAACAGCCUGUCCAUGUCUGAGUCCUCCCGCUCCCUCAGCCCCACCUCCACCGAACCUGACACGCCGUCACCGACAGGAGGGCAGUCAGGGGCCAUAGGGGCCAAAGUCAAUAGCCGCAUCCCCCAGCUCUCCUCCAAGAAGAGCCCCCUGGAGGAGGACAGUGGCUCGACAGGUGAAGACACAGAUUCCGUUGCCAGCCGCAAGAAACACACCUUUAAGAUCUUCAAGAAACAGAAGAAAUAAGGGCUAUGAACUAAAAGAUAUUAGAAACCGUUUGACUGUAUUCCUUUGUUUUUUGUUUUGUUAAUGGUCAACGAACGAUGGCAUAAUUUGUUGCCAUAUCAUUUUGUAAGUACCUGCUCUGAGUACUUUAGAAAGCAAUCAGCUACUCACUUGUGUCUCCUUAUUUGGUCAAUGUUGAAUAUGUGGGUCUUGGGUAAUGGGUUGGGUUGUAUAUUGCAAUGUAAAGUACUAUUUAUUCUGCAGGAAAUGUGCCAGUCUAUCAAAGGGAAAUAAGUCCCCGGGUGUUUUUCUUUCUUGUACUUCGAUCUAUAUCAGUUUGCAUGUCUUCAUUUAUGUUUGAUUGAUGCUCGAAUGCUCUUAGUGUUUGCUUGAUUCUUGUCCUUAAGCUACUUAGGCAACACAUUUUCUUUCAAUAUUCGAACCUCGUAUCCGAAGAACCCAAAACGAAUCCACUCUCACUGACUCCGUUUGACAAAACAGGUAGCCAUGGUAAGGAAAAAUCCGCUUCAUUUGUCAUCUUCUCAGUGGAGGAAUGGCACAUUUGAGUGGUCCUCGUAAACUGGCAAACUACAAUGCAGACAAUUUACUAAAUGAUUCUCUGAAGUCAAAUGAACUUGUGAAAAAUAUUGAAAGACUGUUAGUUCAGUGUUUAUUUUGGCUCGCCAGCCUCACAAAUCUAAAGAAGGGCAAUCGUGACUGAUAACUGGUCUUAUGAAUGUGUUAUACAUGCCUAGCUGGCGGUGUCUUUGUACCAAAUACCAAAUUACAUGCAACAUGGACUCAUCCAGAGCAGAGUAUUGCUCUCAAAAACAAUUAAAAUAACACAAGACUAAAACUUAAAAAACUAAUGAUUCUGUCAUAAAAUUGAGCUGGUGCAUUCAGUGCUAGGAUUGCUUGGAUGCUUGCUUAUAUAUAUAUAUAUAUAUAUAUAAGCAUAUACUAGGUUCAUCACUGUGCCUUUAGUAAAGCACAGAGAUGGCAUGGGUCCAAUGAGUGGCAUUUGCAAGCGUAAAACUCUAGACACAUGGAGGGGUUAGCCCUUCAGAGUCUCCAAACAUGGCCAAAGGCCGUGUGUAGAGCCCUUCCUGAUAUGUCCACCCAAGGCUUUUUAUUAACAUGAACAUAACUUGGUCCAUGUGGCAGUGGCAGGUUGACUUACUGGUUUUCACUGUGGCCUCCCAGCAAGAUGGUCCUGGAUUUGAUUCCAGUUGAGCUUUGGUGUGUGUGAAUGACUGGAUAUGUUUGGCCCUGUGAUGGACUGUCAGUCUAUCCAGGGUCUCUCCUUGCCUUUCGCCCAGUGUCUGCUGGGAUAGCUUUGAAUUUAAUAAACUCGGGAUAGACAACGAAUGGAUGGGUAACUUUCUCAAGAACUUGUUGGAUGUAAAGCCUAAGUCACUAUUGAUUUGUAGUCUGCACAAAACGGGCUUUUGGUUGAUCCUAACGUAAGCUUGCUAAUCUUGCUUCACGAGCUCCUGAUCGACCCGUUUUUAGGUCACUGUGUAACCAUGAUCUAAAUUUGUGUGAGAAUCUCCCUCUUGUGGCACAUAUGGGAUCUAACUUUUGAGUUUCAUUUUAAAUGUGGAUGAUUUUCAGAGUUGUAGUGAAUCAGUUAAACGGCGUGCAAGUUAAGGUUUGAUUCUUGGGUUACUGCUGUCUUCCCUCUUUUCUAUUUAAAAAUCUUAUGUGGACACUGAAUGCUUUUCAACAAUCGGUAUUAGUCGGUUAGGAAGGGGGGCUUAAAAGCCCCAAAUAAAUUUGAACCCCUUUAGUGUGAGUAGUGGUAACCUGGUAAAGUUGUAUUAAAGCUUAAAUUGCAACUUUUCUCCGUUAGUAAGUUAUUUUAUGUAUCUGGGUCAUGGAGUCAGGUGACAUCAGACUCUAACCAGCAUCCUCCGACUCCCUGUUGUUGUUGAAAACAACUCAAGCAGGAACAAGUAUUGAAACGUGAUGCCGAUGUAGCGAUACUUUUGUUAGACAAAUAAUACUACUGUAGAAAAGUGUUGCAAUAUUUUUUGAUGAAGUUUUUAAAUACAUUAAACUGCCUGCAUUAGCUUUGGUCCGAUGAUGCCAUUUUUACAAGGGUGCAGGCAGUUUACUGGCAAGCUGACAACACGAGUGACAAUGGCUGCUACACCUUGUUUGCAAUCCCAAGAAAAUCCAUUGCAGCAGGUCUAUUUCUGUCUGCCUCCUACGUUGACCUAUAUUGGAGUAUCUUUCUACUGUAAUAUUGAUUCUUUCUAGAACUGUCACAUCAUGUUUCAAAUGGAACAAAUGUCAAGAAAAGUCGCAGGUUGCAGCUUUAAUGGACACUGCAACUCCUGCUCUUAUAUGCUGUGAAAUUCUUUUGGCUUGCUCCCUGUUUUUCAGGGGUCGCCACAGCAGAUUUUAUAGUUUCUGUCAGUACCUUGUGAGGGCAUAUCACCAAAGGCAGCCGUUGUUAACCCGGACCUCGACCGAUCCUGUAUGGUCUUGUCAAUCCCUAUUCUGAUUUGGCAAAAUGUUACAUUGAAUGCCCUUGCUGACACAACCACUAACCCUAUGGACGGGUCGCAUCAGGCUGUUCCGUAGUGGUUGAUGUAGUGGUUGAUGGCAUAGUCCAGCGACGGGAGCUGGUAGUUUGAGCCAAAGACGGCUGCCUCGCAUGCAUACGAGAGCAACACUUCCUGAUUUAUAUUGUCACUGCUUAGCAGACACUCCAUUUCAAGGAAGUUAAUGAUGAUGCCAUAUACAUAUAUAUGCUGAAUAUUUUAUUUAAAUCAGCAAGGCAAACCACUGAAAUUUUGCCUUUUACAGUGUAGAGAUGGGAUUGAAUGAAUUAGUUUGCCUGCGGUCACCAUUUUCUCUCAAUUAGUUAAGCUACUGUAUAUACCAAUUUAUGAUUGUCAGCUUGUGGCGUAUUUAAUUAGGCACGAUAGUUAGCCGAAAACAUUUAAUUACAUAUCCAUCUCCAAACGUCCUUAGAUCCGAACAUCUAAACAUCAGGGCCAGUCAUGUCAAAGUGCCAAACCGCUAUUAAUAUAGGGGCCUUUCCAGUAAUUAGUCAUAUCGCACGUGUUUCCUUGGGGCCCUUUCAUGCCAGACACAAAGCACCCAAUAAGUCACCCCCCUACCAAUUGUCUUUGAAAUGACCGUUGUCUUCUUUCCAACCAAAUUGUCAAGGAAAAAAAAAGUUAAUUUAUAUGAUUUUGUAAGUCAAUGUCUGGUCAGUUUACACAGUGGGUUACUGUUGGAGCAACAGUUAUUCCCUGUCGGUAUGUUUACUUGAAUUGCACACAUUACUGAGUGUGUACCGGAGAAAUUUAAUCUUCCAGUCACUACAACCAGGAAUAUUCUGUCUUUUCUUUUUUUUUUUUCGAUGGCUGCAUAUGAGCACAGAACUAUGCAUCAAAAUUAAUUUGGACUCGAGUGGUAGACCCACGGUUAAGAGUAGUGGUGUUGCUUGUACACCUAGUGUGGUCCUGAGUAUACUGAAAGUACCAAAUAGUGCUGCAAAUAACACCAACGCCCCCCCCCCCCAACAGAAGCCUGUUGGUGUAAGAGAUGAUAUGGAUGUAGAAGACAUUGCUAAAUAUUUUGUUAAACAGUCAGCUGAAAAUAUGAAUUUCCUACUGGUACUUUUUUUAAAUUGUCCAUUUGUACUUCUUUUGCACGACGAAGCUGUUAAUGGGUUACGCUCUCGGUGUAUGUGUGUGUGGGUGUGUUGUGUGUAUGUAUGUACGUGUGUGAGUGUGUGUGAGUGAGUGAUGUUUGAGCGUGUGUCAAUCUGUCCGCUCCCAGUAUAAUGCACUGUCAUGUUGAUGCAUGUCAACUGCUAUAAUGAAACAUGUAUUGAGUUGAGGAGGGGAUCAACUGGAGCAUUUAACUCUUUACCCUGUCUUCUAUCCACUUCUCCUUUUGAGCUUCUAUUUAUGAAUACAUAUAUUUGUACAGAGAAAAUAAUUUUUGCAUCUCCUGUGAUGUUCCAGACUUUGAUGGCACCCCUGCAUGAUAGCAAUAAAGUAU